AUGUUCUCCUUGCGGCUCUGUUGCGGUUCAAAUUCCCAUUUCCUAGAAGGUUGCAUCAUCGAAACUCGCCGUUGUUUGAAUUACGCCAUCGGCCCCAGUCUCAGACGUCUUUUGAAGUUCCGACGUUCACAUUUGGUUUUCUUUGGACUCCGACAUCGUCUGAAGCUCCGUCAUCUACAUAUGGUUAUUUCUUGGUGGGCUACGUCUUCUGAAGCUUCGCCGUACACAUGUGGUUUUUUCUUGGUCUGCAACGUUUUGCGAAGCUCCGCCGUCCACAUAUGGUUUUUUCCGUCUCCGACGCCAUCUGAAGCUCCGAAGUUUACAUGUGGUUAUUUUUUGGUCUCCGCCAUCUACAUAUGGUUUUUUCUUGGUGAGCUACGUCUUCUGAAGCUCCGCCGUAAACAUGUGGUUAUUUCUUGGUCAACUACGUCUUCUUAAGCUCCGCCGUGAACAUGUGGUUUUUUCUCGACGCCCUCCGAAGCUCCGCCGUACAGAUGUGGCUAUCGGAAUAGAACCUUAUGAAGAGUCUUUUGUAUUCUGUUUACAUUUGACUAGCGGCGCCCCAUAUUGUUUUUUCUUGGUUUCCAACGUUUUCCGAAGCUCCGCCGUCCACAUAUGGUUUUUUUUGUCUCCGACGCCAUCUGAAGCUCCGACGUUCACAUGUGGUUAUUUUUGGUCUCGGCCGUCUACAUAUGGUUUUUUCUUGGUGAGCUACGUCUUCUGAAGCUCCGCCGUAAACAUGUGGUUAUUUCUUGGUCAACUACGUCUUCUUAAGCUCCGCUGUAAACAUAUGGUUUUUUGUCUCCGACGCCUUUUGAAGUCCCGCCGUUCACAUGUGGCUAUCGGAAUGGAACCUUAUGAAGAGUCUUUUGUAUUCUGUUUACAUUUGACUAGCGGCGUUUCUUUUCAUCUUCUGGACAAGCAAGGGAGUGAAUCUCAAAGUGCUCUAUUGACAUUAAAAAAAUAAUUCUAUCAAAGCGCCAUCCGAAGAAAUAGAGGGAAUAAAUGAUUUUUGAUGAUAGUCCUUCAAGGAUUAUGUAAAAGCAUUUCAAAGUUUUCUCAUGACCCGUUUAUUGUUGACUCAGAAUUUUCAUCAACUUCAUCCUUCCCAUUACAAAUGUAUGAGAAAAAAAUAAGUUAUUCAUGAAAAAAAUGGUUUUCAACAAUUUUCACACCAUCUGCUGAUUAUCUGGCACGAAAAAUGAUUGGGGUUCUCAUUCUCACGAUGGUAGCUUUCUCCGACACUAUUUGUUCAGAAUAGACGUACGGAAUCGGCAGAAGACGCUUUUUUGAAUUUCCAACGGUCACAUGUGGUUUUUGAAAUGGAACCUUAUGGAGAACCUUGUGUACUCUGUUUACUUUUGGCUAGCGGAAUCUCUAUUGAUCUUCCACACGGGUUACGGUUUUCUGCGCGUCCCCGCUAGCCAUUGUCUACCUUUUCCAUUGUCUUCAUGUCGAAUGUUCUGAAGAAAAUUUGAAAAUGAACAGAAAAAGGGGAAGGGAGCGGGCAGAUGGCAAGUUUGGUAUGGAGGGGUGGACAUCUGCCGUUUUAUUCAUCAGUCUAGGUAUCCUGAAAAAGUUGGUAUCCAUAGAGCAGCUGGCAAGUUUUAUUGAAGAAAAUGGUAAGGCAGAUGGAUCUUGAUAUUUUUUUCGAAACUUUUCACAUCUGCUGAGAUUUUUAGUUUGAAGCUUCUCUAAAUGUGCACGGUUGAACCUAUAUUUAAAUACUUUAAGUCAUUGAGGCGAUUUGAAAAAAAGAAAAAUGUUCAAAAAAAUUUUGUUUUCAUUUUUUUAAGACUCUCAGAUAGGUUGAAAAAUGACAGAAAUCAACAUUUUGAUAUUUUAUCGCUCCUUCAACACGGGAGAAAUCCAAUCUCUGAAUUUCCACUUCCUUGGAAUUUUUUUUUGAUGGUGAAAUAGAAGUGUACAGAUUCUCUCUUCUAUGAGUCCAAUAUUUUGCUCGUAAGCCUAAAUUUUUUCUCGCUUUUGCAGACGUUUGGGCUUGAAAAACGGCGUGGAAAGGGAAGACGUGGCCUGUCCACUCACGUGCGAAGCUACCGUAAUCCGUUCUGCGCAAGGAGGCGGUGCUUGGGCAGCGUUGCUUUCCGUUCACUCGCCACUUGGUCAUUCGGCCUAAAAAUUCUCUCCCUUUCAUUUCUCCUCUUUCGUCUUCUUUUUUCAUCUCGUUUCUUGACGAUUUCUUAUCAAGCUUUGACUAUUUUAUUCUUGAUUUUUCAGUAAUCCCUCGUUCUUGGCCCCGAACCGCACAACACCGGCCUCCAGAUGACGUUCUGAUUUUGCAGUUGAGCAUCAUUUUGCGAUGCAGGUAAUGAAGAUUUUCCUCGCAUUAACACAUUCAAUCUUAAUUAUUUCAGAAAUUUUUCGACGUCUUUUCUGAAGCCGGAGAGCCGAAGCCAUGUCGACGACUUUUUGGAAACGUCUUCCGCGCGUUUUUCGUCGUUGGGACCGACCUUUGAAAGCGUCUUCAGAGCCGUGACUCGAGGUACGAUUUUUCUAUAUAUUCAUUACAGGAAUGAGUAGUGAACUUUUGAGGAAGCUGGUUCAAAAUCUGAGAGAAUUCUGAAAAUAAUUACAAACAGUUUUUUUGAACAAAAAAACUUCGUUUUUUCGAAAAAUUUCUACCAAGCGUCUGAAGUGAUCAUCGCAGAUUUUAUUCAAAACUCAUUUUUUAAAAAUCACAGAAGGGAACUGCGCGAGUUCGUAUUCGCGGAUCGAGUUCAAUCCUUGGUGGUUUAUAGACCCGGGUCAGGAUACUCGAAAUCAAAGGAGAAUAAUUGCUAAACUUGAUGAGGUACCGAGAAAAAUCUUGUUGGAAAUGGACUCAAGAAAAUUCAGAAUACUGCUUUUUCCCUUAUUUUAUUUCUCCUUACAAUCGCCUGGAAUGGUUUGGCUACAAGAAACAUAAAAAAACAUUUAUCUAACGAAAAAGGUGGAGAUUAUCAGUUUUUCAAGCCUGCUCUACCCAUUUUUCACAAAAAUUUUUUUUUUGUGUUUUGCAGAUAAUCUCUCUCGAUUUCAAAUAUCCUGACCCGGGUCUAUAAACCACCAAAGUUUGAACUCGAUCCGCGAAUACGAAUUUGCGCAGUUCCCUAGAUGGAUAUGAGUACUCAAAGCGUAGCGCAACAGGUUGUGUGCCUGUCUACGGUCCACAGGGUCACAAGUUCGAUCCCCGCCGCGACACAACCAAUGGGUUUAAAACAUUUUAGUGGUAGGAAACCACGAAAUCAAAAUCCUAGCCGUCAUGCACACGGAAGGAUUUGUCUCUAGCUCUGGUUACAUGAUUAUCGCUGAUUAUCACUGCUGUCUGGAUAAAAUCUCAUCUAAUCAACUUGGAACGUUUACGCCGCCCAAGCACUACAAUGGCGUGAACAAAAAAGAUGAAAAUCCUCGAAAAUGAAAAAAAAAACCUGACGUCAUAAAGCAUCCGGAAAAACAGUGCCGAAUCACACCUACAGGAUAUAUUUCUUCUCCUUCCGACGCCGUUGUACCGCUUGAGCAGCGUCGGCGCCUCAAGUUGAUUAACCGAAUUCCUAUCUUGAUACCUGAGAACUGGCUCUAGUGACAUGUCCGUCCUUGUGUGACGGCUGGGGAUUUUUGAAAUCGUGGUCUCCCAAAACCAACAUAACUCCUUGGUUAGUUCGAGGCAGGGAUCGAACUUGUGAUUUUGUGCGCCGUAAACCAAGUUUUCCAUGCGCAAAGAGUACUGUAUGAGAGCAUUCUGUUUCAGUUUACGAUUAAGAGCCAUAAAACUCAAUUACCUAUCGAAUCGGAGGGCUCCAUGAUAAAAAGAACAGCAUUCGGUCUAGGUUGGCCAUAAAAUUAGUUGAAUGAAGCGGAAAGGAGAGUUCAGAACUGAUAGGGUUCAAUGAAAACUUGAAGUCAAAAUAAUUUCUCUUCGUGAUAAAAAUUGAGUUCAAAAUUUCGAGAAAUGGAAGACAAUUUCUAGUUUAUGCUACAAAAACUAGAAAGUUCUAAAUCUGGACAGGAAAAGCGUAAAAAGUUUUUAGAAGAACGGUUUUUAUACAAUCGCAAUAGAAAAAAAAGGUCAAAAAACCCUUUCUUGAUCAAACUUUUUUGUGUGGAGUUCAAUUUUUAUGGAACUCUCUGGAGCUGUGAAGUCUAGUAUUUAUGACUCACAGGCAAAAAUACACUUUGCAGAAAAAACCUGAUUCAGUUUUACGGACGAAAAAACCGAUUUGUCAGAAAACAAAAAAAAGUUGAUUCAUGUUCAAAAAUAAAUUUAUAAAAAAUAGGACGGAUUUUUUACUUCAAAUUUUUUUUUGCGUGUGACUGAAACCUGUCGGUGUGGUUUAGCAUUUUUUGGCUGGUUUUCAACUACUUCCAGUUCAAAAAAGCUUGACUUGAGAACCCCUCGUUUGAGUUUGAUAUAUUGCGCCUUGAAAACGAAGAAAUCAAACUCAAACGAGGGGCUCUCAAGUCAAGCUUUUUUGAACUGGAAGUAGUUGAAAACCAGGCAAAAAAUGCUAAACCACAACGACAGGUUUCAGUCACACACAAAAAAAUUUGAAGUAUAAAAUCCGUCCUAUUUUUUAUAUAUUUUUUUGGACAAAAAUCAACUUUUUUUGUUUUUUUAAUGAAUCGGUUUUUUUCGUUCGUAAAACUGAAUCAGGUUUUUUCUGCAAAGUGUAUCUUUGCCUGUUAGUCAUAAAUACUAGACUUCACAACUCCAGAGUCCCAGAAAAAUUGAAAUCCACACAAAAAAGUUUGAUCAAGAAAGGGUUUUUGGCAUUUUUCUGUUGCGAUUGUAUUAAAAUUAGUUUUUUUCUAAAAAAACUUUUUCACGCUUUUUUUCUUUCAAGGUUCAGAACUGUCUAGUUAUUGUAGGAAAAACUAGAAAUUGCCAUCAAUUUCUCGAAUUCCGGAACUUUUUUUUUUAUUACGAAGAGGAAUUUUUUGACUUCAAGUUUUCAUUGAACCCUAUCAGUUUUAAACUCUCCUUUCCGCUUCAUUCAACUAAUUUUAUGAUCAAUUUAGUCCGAAGGCUGCCCUUUUUUUAUCAUGGAGCCCUCCGAUUUGAUAGGUAAUUGAGUUUUAUGACCAUGAAUCGUAAACUGAAAGAGAAUGCUCUCAUACAGUACUCUUCACGCUUGGAAAACUUUUUCUUGUCGGAGCACCAAACUUUCCAACCUUCUUAAACAAAUUUCAUGUUGGACAGUGAAACAUAAAUCUAACUUCAACAGUCUAUUCUUCAGUUGUUGCCACGUUCUUCUGUUGUUAUCCACCGCCACAACGACCUGCCAGCACCUGA